AUGAAAUUUAUGGUACUUGUCACUGUUGGGAUAACUUUGCUGCUAGGAGUCCAAGCCAUGCCUUCAAAUCGCCUGUCUUGCUACAGAAUGCUAAAAGAUCGCAACUGUCACAACCUUCCAGAAGGAGUAGAUGACCUGACACAGAUGGAUGUAAAUGUCCAGGAUCAUUUCUGGGAUGGGAAGGGAUGUGAGAUGAUCUGUUACUGCAAUUUCAGUGAACUGCUCUGUUGCCCAAGAGAUAUCUUCUUUGGACCAAAGAUCUCUUUUGUAAUUCCUUGCAACAAUCACUGAAAAUCUUCAUGUAUUCCUGGAGAACACCAUCCCAAAUUUCCUUUCAGUGUGCUGAAUUUCUAGUUUCUAUCCAGUGCAAUAAAAGAGUCUAUAAAGUCUUAUUUGCCUAGGUCAGUGAACCUGUGUUAAGCAAGUAGAAAUAAAAUUAAUUC